GGUUGGCGUGUUCGUCCAUCUUUAUACUCCCGAGAGUUCCAAGAUGGAUGCGGUGUAUAAGCGUGCAACGUAAUGCAUUCUGGGAUAACUAGCGAUCAGCUGCAGUAAGAAUAGUAACUGGAAAUCAGCAUGUCUCUCUUCAAAUUCAUUGAUAUUGGCAUUAACCUGACAGAUCCCAUGUUUAGAGGGAUUUACAGAGGUACCAAGAAACACCAAGAUGACUUUGCGGAUAUUAUAGAACGCGCUAUCAAAAUCGGUGUGGAGAAGUUUAUGAUUACUGGAGGGAAUGUGAACGACAGCAGAGAGGCGAUUCAGCUUGCUCAGUCUAAUGACCGGUUGUACAGCACAGUUGGCUGCCACCCCACAAGAUGUGGAGAAUUUGAACAGGGUGAUCCUGACCAAUAUCUCGCCGAACUCAAGAAUCUACUGGAGAAUAACAAAGGAAAGGUUGUAGCUGUUGGGGAAUGUGGCUUGGACUUUGAUAGACUGGAAUUUUGUCCCAAGGAAACUCAGCUAAAGUAUUUUGAAAAACAGUUUGAUUUGGCAGAACACACAAAACUUCCGAUGUUUCUGCACUGCAGGAAUGCACACAAGGAGUUUUUAGAUAUAAUGCAACGGAACAGAGACCGCGUUGUUGGAGGUGUAGUUCAUUCUUUUGAUGGUACAAAAGAGGAUGCAUCAGCCAUAGUUGAUCUGGACCUUUACAUUGGAAUUAAUGGCUGCUCACUAAAAACAGAGUCCAAUUUAGAAGUGCUCAAGUCAAUACCCAGCGAGAGAUUGAUGAUUGAGACAGAUGCUCCCUGGUGUGGUGUAAAGAACACACAUGCCGGAUCAAAAUAUGUUAGAACAACUUUCCCAACAAAAAAGAAGUGGGAGAUAGGUCACUGUUUGAAAGACAGAAAUGAACCCUGCCACAUUAUACAAGUGUUGGAGAUUAUGGCCGCAGCAAGAGACGAGGACCCACAGGAUUUAUCAAGGACACUCUAUCAGAACACAAUGAAAGUGUUUUUUCCAGAAGCAUAGGAUCAAAAUAUUGCACUUAAGAAUAAUAAAGGAAUUACUGAUUAAA